AUGAAGAAAUCUGUCCGGUUAUUUUUUACAGCUCUUCUGUUUAUUGUAAUUUUGAAUGAGGUUGAAGCACAAUAUGAACAGGUAAGGGUUUUAGCUCGAAAGUUAGGCGAUCUUGGGAGAAAUAAGGGGUUUCUUAUUGUUUGAAGGUUCUUGAAUGGGUUGAGAUAAAACCUUUAAAUUUUAGAUUUUUCUAAAAAUGUGCAUUUUCUCAAAAAAUUGGGGAUCAAAUUUUGUUAUUGCUUAAAAUUAUCUAUUGAUUACUGUAGUUUCGAAAGUUACUGUAUCUAGUAGACCUCCAAUUUUUAGAAACUAUCGAGGUACAGUAAUCCUCAAGUCUAGAGAUAUUACAUUUAAUUUACCUUAAGGUAGAUUUUUUUAUUCCAAUAUUUCCAGAGAUAUUUAACUCGCCGUUGUCGUUGUGCAAAUAUUGCUCCUCAAAAAUCAGAUUGUCAAUGUCAAUCCAUCGGAAACGGUCAACAAACUUGCAAAUGUUCCGACGAGCCAAAAUCCACUUGUGGUUGUCAGAAAAAUGAGCUCAAAAAAUCAACAUGCAAACCAACGUGUCAAAAAGCGUGCGUUGAUUCGUGUGUUCAAAAUUCGCACCAAUCUUUAUCGAUUUGUGAGGCGACUUGUGAAUUCACUUGUGCCGGUGCUUGUAAAUCAGUUGAUCCGAUAAAGGUGAAACAUCUUCGAAAACCUAAAAUUAGAUAACCUUUUAAUUUAAGGUUGUAGUUGAGCAUCAAACAAAAGCCUCGAAUUGUCCAAAAGUUUGCGCUGAUUCAUGCGCAAAAAGUUGUUCGACCGAAUUGAACAACAGUAAUUGUAAGAAUAUGUGUCAGAAAUCUUGUGAAUCUAGUUGUAUUCACACAGCUGUAUCGAUGAAUGUUAUGGAAUUUAUGAGAACUUCGGUGAGUUCAGAUAGAUCACGCACACUUCUAUACUCUAAUGUUCUAGACUCUUCCAACUCCGAUUAUUUGUCCUUCUGAAUGUCAACCAACUUGUGAUUCAAAAUGCAUCGAACUUCACAAGAAAUAUGAAUUAGUUGUAAAAUCGUCACCCGAAAAAGAAACUUGUAUAAAAGCAUGUCAACCAGAAUGUUCUCCAAAAUGCGUUGAAGAUCAAUUAACAUCCACAGCAACACUAAUUCCACAAACUGAAACGUGUAUAAAAGCGUGUCAACCAGCUUGUCUUCAAUCAUGUGUCCUAUCGUAUUUAACUCAGACUCCAGCUCCACUCACAAAGAAUUGUGUUGCAGAAUGUCAACCGAAUUGUGAUACACAAUGUGUUGUUGCUCAAAUUCUUUUAGAUCUUCGAAAAAAGUCUUCAGUUCAACCACACACUCAACCAUCUUGUGUUCCACAAUGUCAACCAGAAUGUAGACAAGAUUGUAUCGAGAAACAACCGAAUUUUAAUGUUGAAAUCAAAUAUGUUGAUAGUGUUAUGAUGAGUUCAACGACUACAACAAAGCCUUCGAAAUACUGUGCUCCACAAUGCGAACCAGAAUGUGAACCAUCUUGUAUUGGUUUCACAAUGUUGAUUCCGAAUAUUCAAACAACUUUGGCGACCACACAAAUUCCAUAUACAACUCCACAAUGUAUUCAACAAUGUCAACCGGAUUGUGCACUACAAUGUAUUCAAGCUUAUCAAGUUCCACAGGUUCGAUUUUACUAGAAUUUUCGGAAUCGGUAGAUUCAGUCGAUCGAAAACUCAACUUUUGCAAAUUUUUCGCCGAAAAUCCACGUGGCAAACAUUUUGAGAUUCAAAAUUUCGCAAAAAAACCCACGUGAAACAUGAACGUGGUGAAAUUAAAGUUUUUGCGCUAAAAUUCCACGUGGUACUCACUGAUUUGAGAUUUGAAAUUUUGCGUAUUCCCUCGCAGAACAAUAUUUUUGGCAGACAACCCUCUCACCACCUCCUCUUCAGUCUUCCACAUCUUCUUCCUCCUCACAAAUCGCGCCAUCAAAAUCUGUCGGAUGUGCAUCGGCUUGUCAACCAACAUGCGAUUCAAAAUGCACACAAAACUAUCAAUUCGAAAUAAUCAUUCCGAAAUCCUCGUCUUCCUGUAUGCCUUCGUGUCAACAAUCUUGUCAAACCUCGUGCAUCGCUCAAAACUCCCAAAAUUCAGAGCAAUGCGCAGCAGCUUGCGAACAAACUUGUGCUCAAACAUGUUUCCCGACUCAAACUUUGAAUUCGGAAACUUCUUCAAAUCAAAUAGACGCUGGAAAAUUAGAAGAAAAAGAUAUACCGAAUUUCCGAUUAGAUAUAAUUCUAGAAGAUCCAAUCGAAGAAAAACCAUCUUGUGCUCCAGAAUGUGCAAAACAAUGUGUUCAACAAUGCAAACUUCAACUUUUGACUGAAAUUGAGAUGUGUUUGCCAGCUUGUCAGCAAGCAUGUCAACAGAAUUGCCCAUUAGAGGUUGGAUUUAAAUUUGAAAACUUUUAAAAUUAAAUUUCCUAUUUCAGGUCAAACCAUGUUCUGGUCCGCAUUGCACUUGUCCAGCUGGAUUUUCAAAUUGCGGAAAAAACCAGUGUUGUCGAAGAAAAAGAAGAUAA